UCAUCUUGAUGUUUUUCAAUAUGAUGUAUGCCAUCAGAUUAAUAAUGCUUGAUGUUAUUUACAUAACUGCUCUUCCUUUGUGCUUUUAAUAUUCUUUCAAGUUUACGCUUUGCAGCAAAAGCACGGAGUAGAGGGAAAUGACACUGCAAUUGCCUUUUAUUCUUCUCUUUAAGACAGCAAAUCUUUAUUAAUCCUCUCUGUUGGGUAACAAAGCUUCUUCACCUUUAAUCCAACCUCUGCCAAAGGGAUCAACAAAAUGAUGUGUUCUGGUGGGGCGCUAAUUUGCUCUGACAGCCAAGAAUAAAAAAAGUGAUCCAAUCAAGAACAAAAAAACAUGCCAAAAAAAAUGAGUAAAGUUAGUACAGGUGCUGUGUAGUAUAACACAAAAUUUACUUUUUUUUUUUACUUAUUCACACCUCCCCAAUGAAAAAACAUGUACUUUUUAUUUUUUAUUCUUUAACUUAGCUCUUUACUUUGCUGAUGCAUUGUGCUUAUAACCUUGACCCCCUCCCACUCCUAAUUCUUACUUGUUUGCUUUCUUAUACCCCAUUUACCUUUUUUUCCACUGCCUAUAGUAUAAUCCGCAAACAGCACGAACAGGUGUUGAUCCUAACAAAGUUUAAAAGAAAGAAUAAGACUUUUAAAGACCCUGAAAUCACUAAUCCUGUUUGACCAUUACUUGGAAAAGAAGGUAUUGAUUUUCUGUGCAUUUAAAAACAGAAACUGAGCUGGAUGUUGCUGAGCAAAAACUUUCAGUAAAGAACAUCAUUCGGAUAGGAGGACGACUCUGUGGGAUCAAGCUAAAUAUUACAGAUAGUAAGAUUGUUCCUUGGAGUCCUGGUAUAACUGCCACGAGACAACAUGUUUUGCCUCGGUUGUAAUAUUCGUAGAAGCUUUACAGUGCCUCUCGUCUAUAACUCCCAUCAGGAAAGAUCUGAAGCAUCAUUGUCUCCAUGUGCUGUUACUAGAAAUUCCAUAACUUCUCUAGCAGAUCUUUUGGAGGUGUCUAGAUUUAUGUUACAUUAUCAUGUCCGCCGUUCAAGAACUUAUUUUAGCUCCAAACAACUUGAAGUGCUUGAGGAAGCAUUUCAAAAAACACCAUACCCAGAUCUGGUAACAAGAGAACAGUUGGCUGUCUCAAUCAAUCUUCCAGAAUCACGGAUUCAGGUGUGGUUUAAAAAUCGUCGUGCCAAGUCCCGAAAACAUCUGAGACCUAGAGAAGAAGGGGAUCGCCUACCAGUAGAAGUGAAUAACUCAAAAAAAGAGAGACCUAAGUGCCAGAGCAACUGGCCAGUGUUAGAGACAAGUAAUUAUAUAAAUAAAUGUGAGGAAUAUCCUUUUUCAAAUUCCCAAAAAUGGGUCAGUCAGAUGCAAAAACACAUUCAAAUUCCGGGGUUGACAUAUUUUCCACAGCCCCUCUUUACUACUACUUUUUCCCCUAACUCACGGCGCUGGAUUUACUUGGAAAAUGACGUCCAUGGCCUGAAUUAAAAUCGGUGCACUUUCUCUAAAGCGGUGAAUACUACUGCUAUCACUUGUUACACUGUAUCAGGAAGCCAGUCGGAGAAAUCCAUUUUGUAGUUCUUUGAAAUCUAGCACUUAUGAUAAAUGAACAAAUAAAACUGUAUUUUCAGUGUUUUAUGUGUGUUG